UUGACAGGCACCAUAACUAAUUCAAUUACAGUAUCCAGACUGUGUCCCUGCAGUUAUGCAGUUCAUUUGAACUUUGUUAGAAGUAGUUGCCAGAGCUGCACAAAAUGUGGCGGAAACACCGACCUGCAAACAUGCACAGAGUUGAGUGGAGCCUGCACAUUCACUUUUUGAGAACAUCGAGGGGUAAGAGGAGGUAAGAGGAACAAGGCUCCUCCCUGAGAGUUUGCAAAAACAUUCCAGGAAAGUGAGAGCGGUCAAAGAAUUGGGAGCUCUCAGAGCGGCCUCUCACUUGCACGCGAUCCUUUUCCGUUUUCAGCACGUAUAGUUGUGCUGUAUGUGUUCGAGUUCACUGGUUGUUUGAAGCUCCGGAGACCGAGAGUUAUUGGGAGGGAGAACCCCGAAGAAGCAUCGUGACUCCGGAUAAACAAAGAAACUCAGCCAGCCCCUCAUCGAUCGGCUCAAAAUGAAGCCGGUGUUUGUCCUCCUUGUCUCGGCCGCCUGGACUCUCACCGGAGCCCAGCAUUACUACCAGGGCCUGAUGGACUAUCUGGACAAUAGGUUGUUGGCUAUUGAGGACCGCAUGCACCUGUGGCAUGAUCAAUCCCAUCGCUACCACACAGAGCUGCUGGAUUUCAAAAAGCUAACCGAUGAGGCCGUGGUUGGUCUGAGAAAUCAGCACAGCGCGAUGUCCAAAGACCUGGAAGACGCUGCACUCCGAGUGGACCGGGUGGAGCACAACGUGGACUACGCGGAGACCCAGACUUCCCCCCGGGCCUGCGCCAAUCAGGCCGACAGGGUGGUCGAGCAGGGGCCCUGGAGGCUGGAGGAGAGCAGAGGAGAGGAAGAGGAGGGAGACGACUGGGUGGAGCUGCACUCCCAAGUCUCUGACUGCGUGGAGAUCAUCUCCGGCAUCAGAUCGGUGAAGAUUCUGAAGAGAGUGGGCGGUCCCAGGGGCAUGUGGACCAGAGACCCCAAGUCGUCCAAGGUCUACGUCCUCAACGGGACGUCGGGGGGCGACGUCUUCCAAUUCGACUCCGUCCGCGAUUUCUCCCGCUCGCCCGGCGUCGCCGGCGGCCGACAGAUCAGACUCCCCUCCGACUGGAGGGGUCCCGGCGGCGCCGUCUACGACGGCCACUUGUACUACGUACAGCAGGGGGGGGGCGGCGCCGCCGCCGCCGACGACGUGCAGGUGGUCAGGUAUGACCUGCGGGGCGGCUCGGUGACCGACGUCGCCAUGCUCCCCGCGGAGGGCCGCGCCGCCGUUUACGGCCUCAACCCGGAGACCGUGGCCGACCUGGCGGCGGACGGCGAGGGCCUCUGGCUGCUGUACGCGGCCGGCGACGGAGAGCCGCACAUCCACCUGGCGAGGAUGGACCUCGCCUCGCUCGACAUAGAGCAGACCUGGGACACCCGGUGCCCGAGGGAGAACGCGGAGGCGGCUUUCGUGGCCUGCGGCACCGUCUACGUGGUGUACAACACGCGCCUGGCCAGCCGCUCCCGCGUCCAGUGCCUCUUCGACGUCAACGACCUGGUCGGCAGCGAGGAGGCCCCCCUGAUCUACUUCCCCAGGAGGUACGGGGCCCACGCCAGCCUGAAAUACAACCCGGAGGAAGAGCAGCUCUACGCCUGGGACGACGGCUACCAAAUCAUUUAUAGGCUGAACAUGAAGAGGAAGCUCCGGGUGUGACGGCAGGAAGUAGAAGUCGUGUAAUGGGGAAGAAGAAGAGCUGCGCAUUCACACACAUGCUAUGCCUCAAGUCUCUCACUCCACAUGAAUGACUGAUUUAAAGGGGGGUCCCAUAGCAACGGCCUUUUUCAAGCGAAAGACACAGCCUUUGAACUAUUAUUUAUUCAUUUGAUUCUCUUCUUUUGAUUCAAUUUAUGUUUGAAAGGAAACAUACGAAUGCCACUUAGAGGCUGUGAAAUCUUACUGCUACGUGAUGUUUUGUGUGUCCAUGCCCGAUUUAAUUUGACCAGUUGAUCCAGACGAAAACUCAUUUCCGUUGUGCCGGCUGCUGCUUGUUAAGCCACUGGCUGUGUUCCCUUCACCCAAAACUCACAGUACGGAGUCCAUUUUUGCAUAAGUCCUUUAAUUCGAAGAAAAUAAAUGAUUUCACAGAGCUGAUAACACAUCACACUCGGGGAAAAAAAAACACAAGAACAAACUGCUGUUGAUUUUCAGACUUGUUUGAACAGAAAAAAACAAACAAUUUAUCAAGGAAAUAAUGUUUGGUAAUUUAGUUGAACUUUUUUUACACACCGGGUCACUCAUAUUUAAAAUUCUUGAUAAUGAUCUAGGAACUCAUCAUAGACUUGCUUAAACUAACAGCUGUCAGUCACAAAUUUCUAUUAUUACAAAUACAAAAUGUUCAAUAAAAAAAUUGAAAUUCAGGGCUAUCAUAACAGUUGGAAGGGAUACAAGAUUAUAUCAAGACAUUACAAUAUUAGGCAAACCUAGCAGGUCUUAGAAAACUCCAUAAACUGAGGCAAUUGUUUUAACAGGUUUAAUCUACUAUGAAAAUACACCACAUUUUCAAUGUAUUAUGUAUGACAUCUAUGAAGCACAUGUUUAAAAUACUUUGUUUCAACACGAAAAUAAGAUAUAGAAAACCUACGAAAAAUGCCAUUAGGGAUGAAUUUCACAAUCAAAAUAACUGUAAAUGAGAGUUCAUGCUAAACUGUGGUGGAGGGGCGCCUAUGCUACGAUGUCAAGCAUGAACAAUAAUGCACUGCCUCAUUCUCUCUAUAACAAGUGCCAAUUAGUGAAAUGCCACAGCUCUGCAGACACUGACCCGUCCAACCAUCAGCUGCCCCCGCACUGUCAUCUCACAAACACACACACACACACACACACACACACACACUGAGGCACUACACAGCUCUCUCUGAGUGCACUUACUCACGGAGGAAAUAGUAAAAACAGAUCCGCCUGGGUCUGCUGAACACAUCUGCUCAUGUCUUUGUGUCUGGCCCCACAUUUUUCGCAACCUCCGUGAUUUAUAGCCUGUUCAUUGUACGGCGUGUUCGAACUGUGACAUCACUUGUGCUCUGUCACUGACCGAGGCACCACAAGUCUGGGCCCAAUCUUUUUUGCCACAGCGAAGAAUAUUCUAACGCUGUUUCGGUAAAAAGGGCCUCGCUCCGGGAAGGUUUCACGUGUCAGUUUUCUGACCCAAUAUCGCUUUUAAAUUCUGUGGAUUAACCAUUCCCGGCCUGAUACGUUUUACCCGUGCUUGCCAAUUACAGAAAAAUGAAAUCACUCAUACUGGAGGGUAAAAGUGGAGAAAAAUCCUGCAAAUAGAUUCCGAAACAAGAAUGAAGCCUCCAUGUAAAGCUAUUGAUGUAUUUGUCUAAGCAGAUUAAGCAACAGUCAUCCUGACGUUUUUUGCAUAUUCAAUCUUACUAAAACUUCUAAUUAUUGUAGAGAAAGCUAAUAAUAUGCGGAGACCAAAUAUAGGAAUUAGUCUGGUGCAAAGAUAUCAGAUACAACAGGGUUGCUUUAGUCUUUUUCUUCAUCACAUCAAAUAUCUACAAUAAAACCUAUGUCCUCCCUCUACAACAGUGUGAUUAGUGACAUAAACAUCCAGAAAGUUGCAUGUUUUAAAGUACAAAAGACGAUUAUGUUCACCUUUUUUCAGCGUGUAGGUUAUUCUCAAUCAUCCCCACCACCAAAGCUAAAUAUAUUCAAAAUGUAAAUAUUCUUCUUUUUUGUUUAAUCAUUAACAUCUAAUCAUAUAUUUUCUUGUUUUCUUUGUAGAAAAACAAAACGUACAUACAUUUACCGGCAGACGGCUGUACAUGAAACUAUAGACAUCCAUCAAAAAAAGAAAAAGAACAAGAGAGAGAAAGAAGCGCUUUUGAACACGAGUGCCUACGAUUUGGAAGAAAAGCGUGAGAUUGCUCCAAAGCAAACAUUAAAUAGAGAAGGAGGUAAGGGUGUAUUAAGUGUGCUCACAAGUUCCCUGUUUACAGAGCUCCAUUAACAAAAAGCUUGUUUGUCACCGUACCUUUUCUUUUUGGUCCAAGUUAAUUUACCAUUUGUGCCUUUGUCAGGUAAUUUAAACUUGCACAACUCUACA